AUUGGGAUGGACAGAGACGGAAAUAAAAUCCAGAACCAAUCACCAAAGAGGAUCAGCCAACCAAGCAAGCAGAUAUUUACGCGCCCAAACACGAUUACCCUUCACAAAUUCUCCUCAAAAUCCCCAUCCCCAUCACCAUUUAUAAACCCCAACUCCCUACCCUCCAAAUCCCCCAAUCAUUUUUCGUGGUCGCAAAACCAUUUCCAGAUUCCAGUUUCCAGUUUCCAGUUUCCAGUUUCCACACGCCUAAUGUUCCCUUCCCUCCGUCACAUUUAAUAUACCUGCCAUGUCCCACUCCAUUAGACCUCACGUCGUCGGAGGUUCCGCCGUCGUUAAGCCACCCUUAUCCCGGACCAAACCACCACCCUUCUCGGUUCGCGUCUCGGGUUUCUCCGCCAGCAAUAGCCAGGGCUUCACCACCUCCGCCAAGGAGGAAGGGCCUUCUUGCAUAUUCGUUGGCCCUGUCGAGACUGCCAGUCAAGAAACCUUAGAAGCUCUCUAUCGCCAAGCUCGGGAUGCUUAUUAUAGUGGGGAGCCUUUGAUAGUUGAUGACAUGUUUGAUAGAGUAGAGUUAAAACUACGUUGGUAUGGUUCGAAAUCCGUUGUUAAGUACCCUCGUUGCAGUAUAAGAAGACAUUCUACUUAUGCAGAUGCAGAGGAAGAUUUGUCUCAAGGUUUGGCGUUAGCAAGCAUAUGGAUCCUUAUUUUUGCAUUUGGCUGUACAUUGUGUCUUGUGCCUAUCGUUUACACCAUUAGUCUAGCGUAUCAAGAUCCAUUCAGUUCUGGUGCGUCCUACGACAGCCAAGCGGCCAACUUGGAGUUUCUUGCCACAGUUAAUGGUAUUCUCUUUAUGGGCAUUGGGUCAGUGACUGGCUAUCCACUUGCAUCAGCUGCUGUUCGGGUGCUUCAAAGACUGUGGAGAAAUGACUUGGUAGCUCUAAAGGGUGCAUGCCCUAAUUGUGGGGAGGAGGUGUUUGCAUUUGUGAAAUCAGAAAAAUUCAAUGGUUCCCCCCACAGAGCAGAUUGUCAUGUCUGUGAUUGCACUCUAGAGUUUCGUGCCAAGACUGAGCAAUCUGUAUCUAGACUUGGGAGAAAGUGGGUAUAUGGUCGUAUAUAUCUCGUCUCACGAAAAGGUAGAAGCCGGAGGUGGAUGUGAGCCGUCUGCAAUGCGUACACAAUGUAACUGUUAAUAGAAGCACGAUUCUUUUCUCUUUGAUUUUUCACUUAUUUUUGAAGAAACUAAAUCGACUACCAGACUUCUUAUACUUUAGAACGAAUUGUGGAGACUCUUAAAAUUAAUCGUACUUCAUAAGAAAAUAAAUGGUUAUCUUUUGCUGUUGGAGAGUGUUAA